CUUCCAUAUUUGGCAAAGAGGAAGAAGAAAUUGAAUGGACCGAUCCUCAAGAAGCGUCCACAAAACAAGGUUUUACCAUAAAUUUUGGCCCUCAACACCCAGCAGCCCAUGGUGUACUUCGUAUGAUUCUAGAAUUGAAGGGUGAACAAAUUGUCCGUGCUGAUCCUCAUAUUGGUCUUUUACAUCGUGCAACUGAAAAGCUCAUCGAGUAUAAGACAUAUCUUCAAGCUCUCCCUUAUUUUGAUCGACUAGAUUACGUUUCAAUGAUGACCAAUGAACAAUGUUAUUCGUUGGCUGUCGAAAAGUUGUUGAAUAUUGAAAUUCCUGAAAGGGCAAAAGUUAUUCGAACUAUGUUUGCUGAGAUCACUAGAAUUAAGAAUCAUAUCAUGGCUGUUACGACUCAUGCAUUGGAUAUUGGUGCAUUAUCUCCUUUCUUAUGGAUGUUCGAGGAACGUGAAAAGUUGAUGGAAUUCUACGAGCGUGUUUCUGGUGCUCGUUUACAUGCAGCAUACGUGCGUCCUGGAGGUGUUUCACAAGACUUACCCUUAGGUUUAAUGGAAGACAUUUACCAAUGGGCCACACAAUUUAGUGCUCGUGUUGAUGAAGUUGAUGAGGUGCUAACGGGAAAUCGCAUAUGGAUAAAUCGUACAAAAGGCAUUGGAAUCGUUACCAUGCAAAAUGCAUUGGAUUAUAGCUUUUCUGGGGUGAUGUUACGUGGUUCUGGUGUUGAAUGGGAUCUGCGUAAAGUUCAACCCUAUGAUGCAUACGAUAAAGUUGAGUUUGAUAUACCAAUUGGCUCAACAGGAGAUUGCUAUGACAGAUAUCUAUGUCGUAUGGAAGAGAUGAGACAAAGUUUGAGGAUUAUUCACCAAUGUUUAAACAUAAUGCCACCUGGACCUGUGAAGGUUGAUGAUUGGAAAAUAGCUCCACCAAAUAGAGCAUCUAUGAAAGAAAAUAUGGAGGCGUUAAUUCAUCAUUUCAAAUUGUAUUCGGAAGGAUACUCGGUUCCUCCCGGCGAAACUUAUACUGCAAUAGAGGCCCCCAAGGGAGAAUUUGGUGUUUAUUUGGUUUCAGAUGGAACCAACCGUCCAUAUAGGUGUAAGAUCCGUGCCCCAGGCUUCGUUCAUCUUGCAGGAUCAGACUUUAUGUCUCGUGGACAUUAUAUUCCUGAUAUGGUUACAGUAAUUGGUACUAUGGAUAUUGUAUUCGGAGAAGUAGAUAGAUAA